UUUUCAUUCAUUCUAGCACCAUGUUGCUGCUGGCUUUAUUUCUCCUUAAAGUGCUAUGUUUGGUUGAAUGCUACCCGAACGGUGCUCCCACCGGCGCCUGYGAGGCUAUGAUCCCUCGACAUGGAGUUCAGCCUCAGCCUUCACCGGCUCCCUACAGCAUUCUCACCAACAGCAAGACGUUUCAGCCAGGCGUGCCCGUUACAGUAACUAUAGUUGGCCCAGACUACAGAGGAGUUCUUCUUGAAGCUCGAACACAAGGCAGCGCUAACGCUUUGGGUAGCUGGAGACUCCCUCCUCCGGACACCAAAUUCCUGAAGUGUGCAGGGAAUCCACAAGGUGCUGUCACUCACUCUAACACCAACCUGAAAGGAAACACCACUGUGUUCAGCUGGAUCCCACCCAACACAAUGGGCCCAGUCUACUUUAUGGCCACAGUAGCAAAGCAGUUCAGUGUGUUUUGGGUUGAUGUGAGGUCCAACACUCUGACCAGUGAGAAAAAGAACAAUCUUGGGCUGGCUACAGAUGCAGGGUCACAAAUGACCGAAGAGAAAACGCUUCUGUUGGCGACAUGUUUUCUGGUGUUACACAUUCUGAGAUAGAAACAGGAAGYAUUUACUCACACCAACUUGUUUAUGAAUGCUGAUGUGCAUUACAAAUAAAAAUCUGUACUUUGAUUGAUUGUA